UCACCAACUCCCUUUUAAACCAAUGCCAGGUUCAAGGUAGUGACUGCGCAGGUAGAAGCCAUGGCUCACAGGCUCUGCCUCUCCGGCUGGCUGUUGGCCUCCUGGCUGGUGGUAAUGGUGGCAGAAGGACAAGGGGUAGUCAUCCCUCCCAGAGGCUCACAAAAUAAUGUGGAUCCUACAGAUUGCCAGAUCUUUACACUCACCCCUCCGCCUCCAACAAAGCCGGUGACAAGGAUCCCGCCCAUCAUAAGGACAACCAAGUGUCCUUUCCACUUUUUUCCAAUACGGAGGCCCAGCGUCCAAAUAAGGUUUCCAAACAGCCCUUUCCUCCCGCGGAGGUGCAACCACCGUUUUCAGUACCGUCCAUAUUUUUGGCCAAACAAUCGUCUUAGUCCAUAUUAUAACUAUUUCCCCAGAAGAAGACUCCGGAGAGGAAGCUCAUCUGAGGAAAGAUGGAAGAGAGAAGCCCCGAACCUGCUCAAUCAGAGGAGGUCAAUGCCUCAGAAAAGACUAUAAAAAUCGUUGUUUUCUUUUUCCAAACUGAAAUUACCAAAUUUGAAAGUUAUCUUAAACACCACUGACUAGAAAUUGUUCUCCUUGCCAACAGUAAAGAUACUGGUGUAAAGGUCAUUCAAGUUUGCAAAGUAGGAGCAAUAACCACAUUAUUCUUAUUCCCAACUUUUUACAACCACAUGAUAUUUGUGCAAAUAAUACCCUAAAAUGAGACAUUCUGGUCAUUCCUGUUCAUACUGAGAUGCCAGAAGAAUCAGCUCCAUCUUCUAAAUUAGAGUGGGGAACAUUUCAAUAAAUCAAGAUUGCUCAAAUCAAAUUAAGACAUUAAUGAAGCCCUUUGAUACUCACUGGAAAACUUAUGAGCAAGGUGCAUUUACAAAGUGAACUGUAAAAGAAAUUAUGGAAAACUGAAAGCUUUAUUUCAAGCAUGUCUGGCAGGGAUGUAACUAGUGGUUAGUUAUUAAUUUAUUACAUUUUUAUUGAGGUACAAUUGGCAUAACAUUACAUAAGGAUUCAAUGUUUGUAUAUAUUGCAAAAUGGUCACCACAAUAAGUCUAGUUAACACCAUCCGUAAUUAUAAAUUUAUUUUUCCUUGUGAUGAGAACUUCCAAGAUCCAAUCAGUUUUCUAACAACAAAUUUAAAGAUUAAACUAAAUUAUAGGAUAUCUGACUAUAGAUAAUACUUUAAAGCUAUCAUAAACUGAAUUACCUAACUCCAGAACUCUUUUUAAUUGUAAUAUCUAAAUGUACUUUAAUGUUAACUUUUUUAAGCAAAUUAGCAUGAUAAAUAUCUCACGUUCUCCCAUUAUCAUCAUACAGACACCAGCUUAAAUGAUAUACUUCCCCUAAAACUUUCAAUGUAGUCUGGGAUCAAAGUCUGAUUAAGUUGACAUGAAUGUUCUCCUAACUCUAGGACUCCACAGACAUAAGUUUACUCCUCUAUGGGAAGCUUGUAUUUCAGGAGUGCAAUAUAAGUAACCCAACCCAUUACAUGCAUUGGUUAUUUCUUUAGCCAUUCUGUAACAUUCCAACUCCUGUUUGUGCCAUUCAUCUUGCCUGUAACACAGGAACUAGUCUUGUAUAUGUGGUUUGUAUCUUAAUACCUCUUCCUCCUAAGAGCUAUGUGUAAAAGUUGCUGCUGAUGCUGCUGCUUUUACAAAGAAGAAAGAACAUGAAGACGUGAGGUUGCUGGGAACAUGGCCUGGGAAAUGGAAAGAGAUUACUUUACUUCCUUGCUGUAUUAAAGAAAAGAAAGGGAGGGGGUUACACAACUAUUUCCUUUACUUGCUUCAUAACAAAUUUUCCUUAUAAGAACAGAUAUUUGCUUCAAAAUGGCAGGCUUAAAUAAAAUCUAUACUUGAAAUCCUCA